AGAGAAACUGCGAGACACUGUAAGCAUUUUAGAGAGAGAAACUAGAGAGAGAAAGAGAUAGAGAGAGAGAGAGAGAGAGCGAGAUCUGAUCGAAGAAGAAGAAAACGAAACCCGAAGCCCCCCUUCUUCUGCUGCUGCUGCUGUUGUUAUUGUAAGCCUUAACUCUCUCUCUGUGUAUGUGCGUGUUUGUGUUAAAGGCCUACGAUUCGUCGUUUUCGUAGGGAAACGAAACCCUAAUUUUGAUUUUUUUUUAUGUAUUUGGCUGUGUGAGAUUUGGGGGGGAAAUUAGGGUUUUUGUUAGUGUGAUUGGGUUAUUUGGGUGUUGGCGAAGAAAAACCCUAGGAAUUUUGGAUCUUUGUGAGAGGGUUUUGUGGGAGUUAGGGUUUUGUGAGGUACAUGUAUGGCUUCGGGGCCUAUAGUUGGAGAAGGUGAUGGAACCAGAGAGAAGCAGAGGUACUCGGAAAGCAAGGUCUAUACUCGAAAAGCUUUCAAAGGCCCCAAGAAAAACCUCAACAACGCCAAGACAAACUCUACCACCACAACCGCCUUAGCCGCCCCGACCUCCACCGCCACCGCUGCCAACCACGAAAAGAGUAACGGCGAGAAGAAGGACGAGGACAACAGGAAUAACAAGAAUGACAAUUUGACUCAAGCUCCAGCUGAGGUGAUUGGUUUGGAGGAUGGGAAUUCAGCUCAGCCGCCAGCUCCGGCGUCCGAGGAUGGGAAUUCAGCUCAGCCGCCAGCUCAGGCGUCCGAGGAUGGGAAUUCUACUCAGCCGCUGCAACAGCCACAGUCGGUUUCGCGGGUGGAGGCAGCCUCUGACGAUUCCUCGAGCCUGAACCGGCAAGAGCCUGCUGCUGCGGUGGUGGCACCGGCCACUCAGGAUACACCUGCAGAGAAUGGGGUUUCCAAACCGGAGUCGGACAGCCGAGUUAAGAUCAAUUUGGCUUCAAGGUCGAAGCAAGAGGUGCGUGAGCUUAGAAGGAAGCUUGAGAGUGAACUGGAUAUGGUUCGAGGUUUGGUGAAGAAGAUUGAGACCAAGCAGGGGCAGAUUGGUGGGUUAAGUUACCCCCAUGUUUCUGCAAAUGAUGGGGUUAAUAAUAAUGUCAUGUUGAGGCGGGUUCACUCGGAGGUUGCUUCCGGUGGUAUUCCUCGUGAGGCUACUAGGCCUUUGCAUCAGCUGAGUAUAUCAGUAUUGGAGAAUAGUCAGGGAGGGAUUGAUAACGUGGAGAAAGAGAAGAGAACCCCCAAGGCAAACCAGUUCUACCAAAGUUCUGAGUUUUUGCUGGCCAAGGAUAAGUUUCCACCUGCUGAAAGUAACAAGAAGACGAAAUUGAAUCUGAAGAAGCAGCAAAGUGGAGGAGAGUUGGGGCACAGGUAUUCAAUGGGCACCAAGUUUUUCAAGAGUUGUAGUUCUUUGCUUGAGAAAUUGAUGAAACACAAGCAUAGUUGGGUGUUUAAUGAACCUGUGGAUGCCGAAAAGCUUGGUUUGCAUGAUUAUCACAUCAUUAUCAAGAGUCCAAUGGACUUGGGUACAAUCAAAUCCAGGCUGAUCAAGAAUUGGUACAAGUCUCCCAAAGAAUUUGCAGAAGAUGUGAGACUUACAUUUGACAAUGCCAUGACCUAUAAUCCGCCCGGGCAGGAUGUUCAUGUCAUGGCAGAACAGCUAGCCAAGAUUUUCGAGGAAAGGUGGGCUAUAAUAGAGUCAGAUUAUAAUCGUGAGAUAAGGUUCGGCUAUGAUUAUGGGACUGGUCUCCCUACACAACCAAUACCAAGAAAGGCUCCUCCACCACCACCUGCUCUUGAUAUGCGAAGGGUCUUGGAUAGGUCUGAGUCCAUAUCACAUCAUGGUGAUCCCAGGCCAAAACCCAUGACUAUUACUCCUAGGACCCCUGCUCCGAAGAAGCCUAAGGCGAAAGAUCCUCAUAAAAGGGACAUGACUUAUGAAGAGAAACAAAAGCUUAGCACAAGCCUCCAGGGUCUACCUUCAGAGAAGCUAGAUACCAUUGUACAGAUUAUUAGGAAAAGGAAUUCAGCCGUCUUCCAGCAUGAUGAUGAAAUUGAAGUGGACAUUGAUAGCGUGGAUGCUGAGACCCUUUGGGAGCUUGAUAGGUAUGUAACCAACUAUAAGAAGAGUUUGAGCAAACACAAGCGAAAAGCUGAACUUGCUAUGCAAGCCAGAACAGAAACUGAGCAGAAUGUCCUGCCGCAGGCCCAGGCCCCCAGUGUGGAUGAGGUUCCGAAAGAAACCACAACAGAUCCAAAGAUAGUUUCGUCUUCAACACCUAUUCAAAGGGAUAACCAGGGUGAUAAUAGGAGUAGGUCGAGUAGUUCAAGCAGCUCUAGCAGUGAUUCUGGAUCUUCCUCGAGUGACUCUGAUAGUGAUAGUUCAUCAGACUCUGGAUCUGAUGCCGGAUCGCCAAGGACUUGACUACUUUUUUCUUUUUCUUUUUUAAGAUCUCAGAAAAUUAGAGUAGAUGGUGAUUUUCUUCAUGGUGAUUGGAAGCUUUCAGACUUGGAUUUGAAUCGACUUUGGUUGUAUAGUGGAAUUUUCUCAAGGCUUUCAACCAUCCUGCUAAUAUAGUCUGCAGUGUUACGAUAGUUAGUUGCUGAGUGUCCUACAUGGCCUCAUUAAUCUUGUCAGAAUUUGUAUAAUAUUGGCAGACUGGGUGAUAAUUAGAUGCAGUUGGUCUGCUUCGAUAGCAGAGUGUACAUUGCUAAGUGCUGCUACUCCAUCUAGGUUUCAAUGACUUGUUUUUAGUUUUGUGCUGGCAGAUUCAGGAUACUUUAGUGCUACACAAGAGGUAGUCUGUAAUCCAAGUUCAUUGAGUCUAGGUUGAUCCAUAUGAAUUUUAUGUGUUUGCAUUGGCUAAGAUUUGUAGAUUUGUUUGUAGUGGUCUAUACAAGUUCAGUAUCAUCUUA